GUCGACACUCAAUUUACAUCGUUGUAACUCGUUUCAACUCAAAAAUCAAACCUUUCUCGGUUGAAUGACAGCUAGUUUCAUGUCCUACAAUAUAUGGUGUAUUCAAAGUUUUCAGUCAAGUUCAUUGUCUAGGACACAAAACUCGUCACUUCAAGUUAAAGACCAAAAAGACUCYUAACGAUGCUUAACUUAUUCAGUCUUAAAAGGUGAUUUAUGAGGCUGUUAAUUCUGUAUUGAUGGCUGCUAAAUAACUCCCAUAUCAAUAUUUAUCAGCCAAGUGCAGUGAGCUUUAAGUGGCUGGGAAAAUGUCGUUAAAUAAUACUCCCUGCUUAGAGGCGUUUAAAAGCGUCCAUCGGUACAACAAAGUCUGUGAAUGAAGAGUCGAGUACAUCAAAAUGGACGGACAAAUGUGGAACAGUUCUUAUAAUUCGUCUUUGAACGGAUUUAUGGCUAAUGCGACCACGAAAUACACUGAGACUUUGCCAGUUAAAGUCGUUAAGCUUAUUUGUUACACACUUGUUUUUGUCAUCGGUGUUUUUGGGAAUGCUAUGGUCUUUCGUAUGGUGUUAAGACGUCGAAAGCUUCAGACUGUCAGCAACUAUUUGAUUUGCAACCUCGCUGCGGCCGACAUCGCUGUGUUGACUGUAAAUUUACCAUUUCGUCUCGCAUACCAAGAAAAUUCUUACAUUUGGCCAUUUGGGGCUUUUUUGUGUAAGAUUAUUCCAAUGUUGACGUAUUUAUUUAUCACUGCUUCGUCUGCAACGCUAGUUGUGAUGUCAUUAGAUCAACACCGAGCAGUCUUGCAUCCAUUGAAGAAGCGUUUGACUAUAACUCAAACGAAAAUUGUAAUGGUUCUAGUAUGGUUCAUCUCUGCUCUCAUUACUCUACCAUUAAACUUCUCCCUUACGGUGAUUGAUCAACGAGGACACCCUGUUUGUACGGACGUUUGGCCAAGUUUAAAUUUUGAGCAAGUCUACUUUGUUCUACUAUUCAUUCUACAAUUCCUUCUUCCUAUGUCAAUAAUUACGACUUCUUACACUCAUGUUUGCAUAAAACUUAACUCGACUAAUGCCGAAGAUACGGCUUUGAUACAGAGUCUAGUCCAGAGAGAAAGAAGAAACAAAAAGGUGAUAAAAAUGUUAAUAGUCAUCGUAGCAGUUAACGCACUUUGUACCCUUCCAUACCACGUGACCUGGCUGGUCAGCGUAUUUGGCCACCCUCAUUCGUUAGCCAAGAAGUUCUGUGUGUUGCUUGUAAUCGCCACAAGCGCUGCGCAUCCCAUAAUAUAUGGUACACUCAAUCAAGACUUCGCGAGGGGAUUCAGAAGCUACUUAAGGUGCAUGAGAGAGCAAACUCUGGCGUACAGAGAGACAGUGAGAAAAAUUUCAGGAACCAGACAGAAUUCAGUCAUUUUGCCUUGUAAGAAUUCGGUAUCAAACAGCACGCCAUCGCCUUCUCAAGGCUUGGACAAAAACAAAGACAAAGGCUUUAGUAUUACAGGAAGAAUGGAUGCAGAAAAAUUAGUUGUUUUUGAAUUCGAAACUUGCUUAUAAUGAUACUUUGUCGUAAAUUUUAUACCCCAUCCACACCUAAACGUGUUUAGUUAAACUAUGUUUUCAUUAGGAAAAAAAAUUG